CAAUAAUAACGUUAAUAAAUUUAUGUAUUUAUGCUUUUAACUAAUAAUUUUCACGGACUUGUUUCCUUGUGAAAUUUUACCUCAGCAAAAACAUAUUUUGCUCAAGUCUUUAACUGCUAUCAAUUAACCUCACCGGUGGUGAAGCCAGUUCCGAAAUUGUUAAGUCAUACCAUUGUGUUUUCUUAGUUUCUGAUAUUUUUUUAAGGUUGUUAUUUAAUUCUUUUGUAGUUUUAUUGACGAAAAUAUGGGUACCUCUAGAUAUGACCGUGCUAUUACUGUUUUUUCUCCUGAUGGCCACUUGUUUCAAGUAGAAUAUGCCUUAGAAGCUGUCAAGAAAGGCUCAACUGCAGUAGGAGUAUGUGGAAAAGAAAUUGUGGUGCUUGCUGUUGAGAAGAAAUCAGUAGCAAAACUACAAGAAGAAAGAACAAUGAGGAAAAUAUGUUUACUAGAUGAUCAUGUUGUCAUGGCUUUUGCAGGUUUAACGGCAGAUGCUCGUAUUCUUAUAGAUAGAGCUAGAGUUGAAUGUCAGAGUCACAAAUUGACUGUUGAAGACCCUGUAACUCUAGAAUAUAUAACUCGAUAUAUUGCACAACUGAAACAACGUUACACACAAAGUAACGGCAGAAGACCUUUUGGUAUAUCAGCUUUAAUUGCUGGUUUUGAUUAUGAUGGUACUCCUCAUCUUUUCCAAACAGAUCCAUCUGGUGUCUAUCAUGAAUGGAAAGCCAAUUCAACAGGAAGAAGUGCUAAGACAGUUCGAGAAUACCUUGAAAAGAAUUAUUCUGAUGAAAUCAUCUCAAAAGACGAAUCAACAAUCAAACUAGCUAUUAAAGCAUUGCUGGAAGUCGUUCAAGGAAAGAAUCUUGAAGUUGCAGUUAUGAAGAAAGGUGAUUCUAUGAGAAUGCUAGAUGCUGAUGAAGUUAGUUCAUAUGUUGCCGCCAUUGAAAAAGAAAAGGAGGAAGAAGCUGAAAAAAAGAAACAGAAAAAAUAAACACAUCUUGUUUUUAAUUAAUUUGGUUAAACAAGCUUCUUCAGUGAUUGGGGAAUUUCAAUGUAAUUUUCUUGCUUGAAUAUUCAUAAAAUAUAUGAUCUUUUUUAUA